AGCACCGCUCAGCCCUCGCCUCCUGCCCUGGGGUGUCUCGGGCUAGGCACGGGGCAAGUCCUCCCGGGACCAUGAGACUCUCCGCUGGGGCUGCCGGCCCCUUGCACGCUGCGGCGCUGCUGCUGCUGCUCGCCGCCUUCUGCCUCUCCGCGUCCGGGACUACAAAUAUGUCCAUCCCAACCACAAUCACACAAUCCACUUCAAAUACUUCAGCACAUGAUAAAAAUGUCACUCUCACGACUACAUUGGGUUCUACCAAAACAACCACCACCCAGACAACCACCAACAACCAGACAACCACCACCAACAACAACCAGACAGCUUCAUCAGCCACCACCUCAAAACCCACAACAACCAUACAAUCAACAGCCAGUGUCACUGUGACCACCUCCAAGACUAUGUCUCCUUCCAGCUCCGUCACAGCCACGCCAAAAUCUGCAGCUGUGCUAUCCAGAACCUCCAGAUUUGAUGUGGGCAGUUUUUUUGGUGGCAUUGUGCUGACACUUGGAAUGUUAGCCAUUCUCUAUGUUGGAUGUAAAACAUAUCACUCAAGAAGAGGUGUUCAGUACAGAACCAUUGAUGAACAUGAUGCUAUCAUUUAAAAAUACUUCAGAGAAGACAAUAGGGAAAUUCCACCCGAUCACUGCUUUUAGAACAUCUGUUUGAAAAAGUUUUUUUCCGUUCAUAACGGUAGUCCCAGUCUCUAAUGCAUCCAUAGAUCUGAUCCUGCACAGUGUCAAGAUCUUCCCAAGUACCCUGAGCUCCCAUUUCUUUCAAUGGAAGCUGGAAGAAGUUAGUACUUUGCGAAACAUGCCCUGUUGUUGAUGCAAUUUAAAAAAAAAAUCCUUUAAAGUUUGUUACCUAAUGAUGAACUGAAAUGCUUUUUAAAAUAAAUGCAUAGAAACUUUUGAGAUACCAAAUCAUUACCAUAAUAUACCAUGUGACAUUACAAUUGUGAAUACAUUUGAUUAUUGCCUACAUACUCCAUAAAUGCGGAUGGUUCUACGUUGGGUACAACAGGCUGAAAAAAUACUAGUUGCAGUUAAGGAAAAAUGCAAUAGGCUUGGCAGGUAAAAUACAAGAGGAAGUGACUUUGCUACUA